UGUAAAAAGUUAGGGGAGUUUUGAAUGUUUAUUUAGUUUGAAACAUUUCUAUAAUUAUAAAUUGUUAAAUAAAGAAGCCAUAAAGCAAUAAUAUUGCAUAGUCAUUCCCCAUAUCUAAUAUGUGAUUAGUUGCUGUUGUAAUAUAAAUAGAAUAUUACAUUAUAUAUAAUUAUAUCACACAAUGAGUCCACCAAAAGGCUUCCAAUUUGCCAUUGAUCGUGGAGGCACCUUUACUGAUGUGUUUGCUCGCUGCCCCAAUGGCAAAGUGCGUGUCAUGAAGUUGCUGUCAGUCGACCCACAGAACUAUGAUGAUGCGCCUAGAGAGGCUAUUAGGAGGAUUUUACAAGAGGAAACUGGUAAUGCUCUAGACAAAGAUGGUAAAGUAAAUACAUCUCUCAUUGAAUCAAUAAGAAUGGGCACCACAGUCGCCACUAAUGCACUUCUAGAGAGAAAAGGGGCCAAAAUGGCACUAGUAAUCAACAAAGGGUUCAAGGAUCUACUGUACAUUGGUAAUCAAGCAAGACCCCAUAUAUUUCAGUUGGACAUAAAACGCCCCAGUGUUUUAUAUACGGAGGUAGUAGAAAUCGACUGUCGUGUGAUACCAGCCUUAGAAGAUAGAUGUCAAAUGAAGAAAUCAUGGCCAUCAGUUACUGGUACCACUGGAGAGAAGAUGCUUAUCGUCAAGGACAUUGAUGAGGAAGCAGUACGGAAUGAUUUAAGAGCAUUGAAGCAGAGAGGGAUAGAUAGUAUUGCUGUUGUACUUGCACACAGCUACACAUAUCAUGAUCAUGAAAUAAGAAUAGGGAAGAUCGCAACUGAUUUAGGCUUCAAUCAAGUAUCGCUGUCUCACUCUGUCACGUCGAUGGUGCGCAUGGUACCACGUGGGUUUACAGCGAGUGCGGAUGCGUACCUCACCCCGCACAUCCGCGACUACGUCCGAGGCUUCGCUGGGGGUUUCACCAACGACCUCGCUAAUACCAAUGUCUUAUUUAUGCAAUCUGAUGGUGGACUUACUCCUAUGAAUUUCUUCAAUGGGUCCCGUGCUAUUCUGUCUGGGCCGGCCGGUGGAGUAGUUGGAUAUGCUAUGACGUCAUAUCAGAAGGAGACUGGUCUACCUGUGAUAGGUUUCGACAUGGGCGGUACAUCAACAGAUGUCUCCCGGUACGCAGGCACGUUGGAGCACGUACACGAGGCAACGACAGCUGGAGUCACCAUACAGGCGCCGCAGCUUGAUAUAAACACUGUGGCGGCUGGUGGCGGUUCGAUGCUGUUCUUCCGGUCGGGGCUGCUGGUGGCCGGGCCGGAGUCCGCGGGGGCGGAGCCCGGGCCCGCGUGUUACCGCAAGGGAGGCCCGCUCGCACUCACCGAUGCCAACCUGCUGCUCGGUCGUCUUCUACCAGAAUACUUCCCUAAAAUAUUCGGACCAACCGAAAAUGAGCCACUCGAUAGAGAUUCCACUGUGAGCGCUUUCAAGAAGAUGACAGACCAUAUCAACAGUUUUUUGAGACAAGAUGGUGGCAAAGAGAUGUCUAUGGAAGAAGUGGCUAUGGGCUUUAUCAAUGUAGCUAAUGAGGCAAUGUGCAGACCGAUCAGGGCCCUGACUACGGCCCGAGGCCACGACGCUUCGCAGCAUGCGCUGGCAUGCUUCGGCGGCGCGGGCGGACAACACGCGUGCGCGGUCGCACGACGACUCGGGGCUUCGAUUGUGCUCGUACACAAGUACGCAGGUAUCCUGUCGGCGUACGGCAUGGCGUUGGCGCAGGUGGUGCAGGAGGAGCAGCAGGCCAGCGCGGCGCGGUACUGCCCCGACGAGUUCCACCGUCUCGAUAUGCAAUUAGACGUGCUCGCAGCCGUCGCGCGAGAUAAACUGCGUGCGCAGGGUUUCGUAGACUCGCAAAUAGUAACGGAACCGUACCUACAUCUGCGCUACGCGGGUACUGACUGCGCUCUCAUGGUCUCCCCGAUACCUGGCAAUUCACCGACGGCCUGUCGCCACGGCGAUUUCUACACUGCUUUUGUUAACAGAUAUAAGAACGAAUUCGGCUUUACACUGUCAGAGCGUGAUGUAAUAGUGGACGAUAUUCGCGUGCGUGGUGUCGCCGUGAACCAGCUGCCAGAAGAGGUCGCGCCACCUAGCGGGAAGGGUACUAAGCCAGUACCAGAAAAGUCCGUGAAGGUAUACUUCGAAGGUGGUUAUCAGGAUACUGCAAUAUAUCAGUUGGAGAAGUUAUUGCCAGAACAAGAGAUCUACGGACCAGCCAUCAUUAUGGACAGUCUGUCCACUAUACUUAUUGAACCAGAUUGCCGCGCUGACAUAACAAAAUACGGCGAUAUUCGCAUCACAGUGGGCACGGGGCAACCAAAGCGGGUCACUACCGAUCUUGAUUCUAUACAGCUCAGCAUUUUCUCGCAUCGUUUCAUGUCCAUAGCGGAACAAAUGGGCAGGGUCCUACAACGCACAUCAAUAUCAGUAAACAUAAAAGAGCGGCUCGACUUCUCGUGCGCGUUGUUCGGUCCCGAUGGCGGACUGGUUUCCAACGCUCCACACAUCCCCGUGCACCUCGGAGCCAUGCAGGAGACAGUACAGUACCAGAUGAAAGUGCGCGGUGAUUCCUUGAAGCCCGGUGAUGUUUUGUUAGCUAAUCACCCCAAAGCAGGCGGCUCACAUCUUCCAGAUUUUACAGUUAUCACACCUGUAUUCCACAAGUCGGCCGGGCGGCCUAUCUUCUUCGUAGCGUCUCGCGGUCACCACGCAGACAUCGGUGGCCUCACACCCGGCUCGAUGCCGCCUCACUCCGUCAGCCUGGCGCAGGAGGGCGCUGCUUUUAAAUCCAUGCUGCUCGUAGACGGCGGCCGAUUCAACGAGGAGUCGCUUGUCGAACAGCUUAUGAAUCCCGGUAAGGAGCCUGGUUGCUCAGGCACCAGGAACCUGGCGGAUAACCUGUCGGAUUUGAAGGCGCAGGUAGCCGCUAACCAAAGAGGUAUUCAAUUGGUGGGCGAGUUAAUAGAUCAGUAUGGACUGGAGGUGGUGCAGGCAUACAUGGCGCAUAUACAGAAGAAUGCAGAGCUUGCCGUCCGUGAUAUGCUCAAGGAAAUUGCGAGAAAUGCCUUAGCUAAAACUGGAUCUACGGUUCUCAAAGCGACAGAAUAUAUGGACAAUGGCACACCCAUUGUUCUCAGCGUCACUCUGGAUAAGGAUAAUGGUAGUGCGACUUGCGACUUUACUGGUACUGGAGUAGAAGUGUGGGGUAACUUAAAUGCCCCGCGCGCCAUCACACUUUCUGCUCUCAUAUACUGUCUGCGCUGCAUGGUCGGACACGACGUACCUCUCAAUCAGGGUUGCUUGAACCCGGUACAAGUGAUCGUGCCCCCGGGGUCUAUUCUGGACCCGUCGGAGCACGCGGCCGUCGUCGGCGGGAACGUGCUUACUUCUCAACGGAUUGUCGAUGUGUUGCUCAAAGCUUUCCAGGUGUGUGCGGCAUCUCAGGGUUGCAUGAACAACUUGACCUUAGGCGAGCAGAGCUGGGGCUACUACGAAACUGUGGCCGGUGGCAGCGGCGCUGGUCCAGGUUGGCACGGCGCUGGUGGAGUUCACACUCAUAUGACUAACACGCGCAUCACUGAUCUUGAGAUCGUGGAGCGACGGUAUCCCAUGCUGGUCACCAGGUUCUCUUUGAGGGAAGGCUCCGGGGGUAAAGGCGAGUGGCGUGGUGGAGACGGUGUUACCCGCGAGCUGGUGUUUCGGCGCACCGUACAGUUGUCAGUACUCACUGAACGCCGCGCAUUCCAGCCCUACGGGAUGAACGGUAUUCAGCACUUAUGAAAGCGCGAGAAUUAACUUGCAAUAAAACAUUUGAUCAAUCUCGGAGGGAAAGCAUCUAUAGAAGCAUAUCCUGGGGAUAAAUAUAUAAUGAAUUCUCCGGCUGGCGGUGGUUAUGGACGUCCAACAGAUGCCAGCGGGCAAGACAACGUUGGGAGCAAACACUAUAGCGAGUUCCUUGAAAGAGGCAGUGUCUACGAAUACAGGAGUGCACAAGAGUCGGUAUAAAGUUUAAUAUACUGAGGAUUUUAUAAAUUUUCUUCUCACAAUUUACUUCACUGCGUUAUGAGAAGAUUAUUUAUGAAUUAAACAUAUUGUGAUUAAUUUUCUAGCAUAAAAAUGCUCCCAAGGCACUGUUUAAUUACUCACACCUUCCAUCCAUAAAAGCUGAAACAGAUAAAUCCCUUUUAACUGUAGUAUGUGUCACUUUGUUUCAAAUAAACAUAAUUAUAAAGUGAACAAUUUAAAUAAAUCGAAUACUUGUAAUUUUC